AUUUUAUUGCGUCUCUGUCAUCUUCCUCGGUUAAAUUAUUUUGAGAAGCUACAAGAGUGGUCCCAGAAAAUUCUUUGUGAAAAUCAAAGUAUUAUUUGGUGAAAAUUGCAAAACGCUUGUAGAUCAUCAAAAAUACAAAAGUUGGGCACGCAUAGGACGCUGCGAUUCAUUUUGGGAAAAGAUUUAGAAGGUGAAAUUUGUUAACAAAAAAAUAGCAAAUCAAAAUGCCUAUCACACUGCAAUCAUCGGACGACGAAAAAUUUGAGACCGAUGUGCAAAUAGCAAAAUGCUCGGGCACAAUCAAAACCAUGUUGGAGGAUUGUGGUAUGGACGACAGCGAAAAUGCUACUGUUCCAUUACCCAAUGUAAAUUCUGCCAUACUACGUAAAGUACUUACCUGGGCAACUUAUCACAAAGAUGAUCCACAACCAACCGAAGAUGACGAAAACAAAGAAAAGCGUACUGAUGAUAUCUCUUCUUGGGAUGCAGAUUUUCUAAAAGUUGAUCAGGGCACACUAUUCGAAUUGAUCUUAGCCGCUAAUUACUUGGAUAUAAAAGGAUUAUUAGAUGUUACUUGCAAGACUGUGGCCAAUAUGAUCAAAGGGAAAACACCAGAAGAGAUACGUAAAACUUUCAAUAUAAAAAACGAUUUUACACCAGCCGAAGAAGAACAGGUGCGUAAGGAGAACGAAUGGUGUGAGGAGAAAUAAAAUGUUAAUUGUUGACUCAAAAUUAAUAAGCAUUCGCUGCUCACACUUGCGCUUUUAAUGGAUUUACAUAUGUAAAAUAUAAACGAAAUAACUAAAAAGCAGUAUGUAAUUUUAAUCAAAAUUAUAUGGCUAAAAUUACAUAGCAGAGGUUUUACCAAAUCUCACCAGGUUUAAAGCACUUUAUCAUAAUAAAUGUAAUUGACUCUCCCCAGG